CCAUCGCAAAUCAAGACGACGUUCACGCUCUCUGGGUUGGAUCAAGAAAGUGAGUCCGGAGGUGGAAGAGAAUUUCCCAUGACUAUUUCUUCUGUUUGUGUGGCUACUGACAUUCUCCUUCAUGCACUUCCCACGCGCUUCUCCUUACCUGUGGUUAUUAAGGUUUUUCAUAAAAAUUUGUAG